UCUCAGCUGGUAUCAGCGGGAUAGCAGCAAACGAUGGAAGACUCGCCCAGAUGUUGAACCUAGGCUACGCCUUUCUGUUUGCGUAGCGUAUGUAAACUCAGGUCAUGCUGUAUAAGAAGCCAGUAUUAAUAUUCGCGUCCAUGCCGAAUUUCAAUGGCAGAACGAAAGCAGUUGCAAUUCUGCCACGUCGGGUAUCGGUCAAACGUACAACGAAUGUGGAAAGAGACUACCACUUCUACCAUCCAGCCCUAAUAAUACAGACUUGCAGAAACCCAACAUGAAGUUCUGUGCAAGACAACUUUCUGAGCGGAAGAUAUUGGUGGAUAUUUUAGCCAUUCUUUUUGGCAUUGGAACCUGGAUUGCAGUAAAUGGACUGUUUGUCCAGCUGCCUCUGCUUGUGCAGACACAACCUGAAGGAUGGAAUCUCCCAUCAUACAUAUGUAUUAUUAUACAAAUUGCAAACAUUGGACCUUUAUUGUAUGCAAUUCUGCAGAAAACCUUUCCAGGAGUAUUAAGGGAUAGUAUCAUAAUAUAUGCAAUACUCUUAAUUGGAACUGUUGCUCUUUUGUUACUGCCAUUCCUCUACAAAGAGACUACUUACAUCGAUGGUGAAGAGCACAGCACAGCACUGCUUGCACUUUCAUUUUUUAUUGCUUUAGUGGGCUGUACCAGUUCAGUACUCUUUAUGCCUUUUAUGAGAAACUAUAAAGAAAUGUAUUUGAUUUCUUAUUUUGUUGGAGAAGGACUUAGUGGGUUUCUACCAAGCAUUGUGGCUCUAGUACAAGGGGUAGGAGGAAAUCCUAUUUGCGUGAAUCAGACUCUCACAAAUUCAAGUAAUCAAAAUGGAAAUUCAGAGGUUACUCUUGUUCCAUACACACCACCACCAAAUUUUUCGACAACAGCUUUUCUUUUCUUCCUUUUUGGAACACUUUUCAUCAGUACUAUUUCUUUCGCAUUACUGAAUAAUCUACAGACGUGCAAAGAUGAGAAAGUUCCUUCUCCAGAUGAAAACACUUCACGACAGAGAGAGAAAGCAUCAGAUACACAAGAAGAGUCAGGUCUUAAUGAUGGACUAUUAAGUCAACAAAGUACAUGUGAAGAAUUGAAAGAUCUCUGUACAACACCUACAACAGAAGUGUUCCAGCAACCAAGAGAGAUGAUGUCAGUAACAGCAACAUUAUCACCCUGUAGUUAUUAUUGUUUGAUGUUCUUGAUGGCAUGGGUUUGUGCUUUUGGAAAUGGAAUAUUCCCAAGCAUUCAGUCAUAUUCUUGCUUACCAUAUGGCAACAUAGCAUACCAUCUGUCUGUCACAUUGUCAAGCAUGGCUAAUCCAGUGGCAUGCUUUCUCGGAUUUUUCCUGCCAUACUCCUCAAUCAGGGCAAUAUCAUCCCUAACAGCAUUCAGUACUGUUUUUGCAAUAUACAUAGGUAUUACUGCAGUCAUGAGCCCUACACCUCCACUAGUUGGAUAUACGAGUGGAGAAUUCCUUGUGGUUACUUCAUGGAUCCUUUUCACGGGAGGCAUUUCCUAUAUCAAGAUGUCAAUAGCAUCUCUGUUUCGCCGAGAGGAAGGUCGAGCUUUGGUCUGGUGUGGUGCAGCACAACAAAUGGGUUCUGCUGUUGGAUCUGUUGUUAUUUUCAUCUUAGUUAAUUAUUCAGACAUUUUUCACUCUUACAGCCCAUGCUGACACCAAGUUGAAAUUAUGUCUCAUGUUUUAAACUCCUGUACAAAGAUCAGUAUUAUGCAUUUGCCUGUAUGAGUAUUAUGACUGGUUAUGCGAUGACUUUUGUAGUGUGUUGUAUAUGAAAUUUUUUUUUAUAUGUAAAAUAAAUUAUUCUUUUUU